AUGAAUGUCCAGCAAGAGCGGGCGCCGCCGUCAGCUAUAGCAAUCGCGAUCGGUUUCAGCGUCAUCACCGGCAUCACCGGCUACUACCUCGGCCAGGCGCAGUCCAUAGGUGUUUUCGGCCGAUCGGCCAGCUCCAAACAUUCAUCAGGAGCACGCGCCGACGCUGAUGACGACCCCGACGACAGCGAUGCCCUCUCCGAAGAUGAGGGUCCCAGUUUGGGAGAACUGAAACACUUCCGAGACGUCACGGAGGAAUGCAAGCUGGUUCUCGUCGUCAGGACCGAUCUUGGCAUGGGCAAAGGUCAGUACCACUCUCAAACUCUCCCGCGCACUACUGCAUUGCCUGUGCUACACCUGUGUCUUUCAGGCUUAUCGUACACCCCUACUACUGCUCAACUGUAAACUGAUACCGCUUCCAGGCAAAAUAGCCGCACAAUGUUCACAUGCCACGCUCGCUUGCUACAAGGCAAUGCUCCGCGCAGAUCCAGCUCACCCUCUCCUCCGCCGAUGGGAGAAACUCGGCCAAGCCAAGGUCGCUCUGAAGGUCAGCAGCGAGGACAACAUGCUCUUAUUGCAAGCCCAAGCCGUCAGUCUUGGCUUGUGUGCGCAGGUCAUCCAUGACGCUGGACGAACGCAGAUUGCCAGCGGAUCGGCCACUGUACUAGGCAUCGGGCCAGCUCCCAAGAGCAGGAUCGAUGAAGUGACGGGUCAUCUCUCGCUGCUAUGA